AUGUUUGUUUCCCAGGAAAAAAUUCCCAUAGAAAAAGAUAACACAUUCUCAUGUUUCCUUUUCUUUAAAACAGAUUUGCAGUUGAAACGGUAAAGUUAGUUCCUUUUUUUGUUUUCUUGGUGUGCUUCGGGAUUGCAUUUUCUCUGAGUUUUGGGUUACUAAAACAUAGAACAAAUGGCCUAUAAAGUGGAUAAUGAGUAUGAUUAUCUCUUCAAGAUUGUACUGAUUGGUGAUUCGGGUGUGGGGAAAUCCAACAUUCUUUCAAGGUUUACAAGAAAUGAGUUUUGCUUGGAAUCCAAAUCAACCAUUGGUGUCGAGUUUGCUACAAGGACCCUUCAGGUAGAAGGGAAGACAGUUAAGGCACAAAUAUGGGACACGGCUGGUCAAGAGAGGUAUCGUGCCAUCACCAGUGCUUACUACAGAGGUGCGGUAGGGGCGCUUAUGGUUUAUGACAUAACUAAGAGACAAAGCUUUGACAAUGUCCAGAGGUGGCUGCGUGAGUUGAGGGACCAUGCAGACUCAAACAUUGUCAUCAUGAUGGCUGGAAACAAAUCUGACCUGAAUCAUCUCAGGGCAGUGGCUACAGAUGAUGCACAGAUGCUGGCUGAGAAGGAAUCCCUUUCAUUCCUUGAGACAUCAGCUUUGGAAGCCUUCAAUGUAGAGAAGGCAUUCCAGACAAUUUUAUUGGAUAUUUACCACAUAAUAAGCAAAAAGGCACUGGCAGCACAGGAGGCCGCUUCCACCACAGGGCUUCUUCAAGGCACUACCAUUAACAUGGCCAAUCUGUCCAGUAAUGACACCAAGAAACCAUGUUGUUCAAACUAGAACAUAUUGUAUUACAGACUUACAGUACAUAUAAUCAUCUUAAGGCCAACUAGAAAUCAUGUUUUUGCUUUGCCUCGUGAGAGCCAUACAUUAAGAUGAAACUGGUGAUAUGUUGUUUCAGGAAGGGAAUUACCCUUUUUCUGUAUAGGUGAGGUUAGAUGGAAAGAGGGUUCUAAGGUGUAGAAUUUCCCAUCCUAAGCUUCCUUUCUUGACCAUGUUUAUGUUCA